UCCAUCGCACCACUGUCCCUCGGUAAUGCAGUCGCCCCCGUCGUCACAGGACAUUGAACCCUGAGGACAUUGCGCUUCCCGAGUCGUAGAUAUCAAUGCGAGUUCAUCGAGCUAUGGCACACAGGAUAAAGUGAACUCCACAAUGCGAUCAGAAGUCGAUAUGAGCAUCUCCGUAAUAUCAUUUUUCUCGCUAGUCUUAAUUUCCUGUUGCCAUGGCGACCAGAAAGUUGACACCGACGCAUAUUUGAGCCGUUUCAUAGCUGACUUGUGGCUCGAGGGCGCUGAUGUAAUAAAAAUAAUUUGGAGAGAUUGCUCUAAAAAGUUGGUCGACGUCAAAGACGUAAUUGACCACAAGGAAUAUUUCCCCAAGUUCAUUCGAUGCAUGAAAAGGAAGACUCUAAGGGCACUGGAUCGCUCUCUAAGCCCCGACGUGGUGCCAAUUGCUGAAGGAGUAAAUCUAGUGCGUUUUGAACUCGUCGACCGGUCGGGAAACGUCAUGCCUGAAAAUGAAACCAGUUACUGGAGUGAUAAGGAGCUUGACGAAGGCGAGUGGCGGACGUUGGCCCUUCAACGAAUGGCUAAAGUACUUCGGACACAUGUCAUCAAAUUCGACUUUGAGGACGGAAAGUCAAUCGAGAAGGGACAGACGGUUGAGUACAGAGGGCGGCGACGUCAUCAAAUGAUGACUAUGAUGAUGUUUGGUAUAGUAUCUAUUGGAAUGGUUUUGGUACCAAUGGGAUUCCAAUUUUUGGCCGUCCUUGGAGGAAAAGCCUUACUUUUGGCCAAAAUGGCACUAAUUCUUGCGUCAAUACAAGGACUAAAAAAGGUAGAGAAUAAUUACGAAGGGUUUCAUGGGUAUCAUGAAAGGGGAAAGAUCGCUACAAAUCCGGUAAACUACGGGUUCUACCAUUCCUACCCACCGUACGACUACUACGAGAAACGUAGUCACGAAGACUGGCCACCACCAGCUACUAUGCCUGGGACACCACCGCCAUCUUUAUCAGUUAACCAAUGGCCAAUAGAUUCAGGAGUAGUCAAAGUAGAUAGAACAAGCCUUAUAGACAAAGAUGGCAAAGAAAGUAAAGUUAAAGUAGUGACAUGGAGAUCAGAAUUACCUAAGCCGACAAAAGAAGAAAUAGAACCUCGUUUGUAUCCCGUGUAUCAACCGCCUCCGACAAUUUACUCAGCUAUUGACGCACCUAAUUCUAUCGCCGAUCUAACUACUAGGCCUGGAGAAGUACAAGCCGAUUACACCUUAGAUUUGCCCUACAAUGGGUUUCACUUUCAAGCUCCCACUACUGUCGUUUCAGCUUGAUGUUUUCGUAAGACUUUUUUGGGCGUUGU